AGAUAUUGAAAUUGUUUCAUGAUCUGUGCUUUAGAAAUUGAUGUUCUAGUCUAAACGCAUUAUUCUAUGCUCUGUUACUACAGAGAUGUUUUGUCAUUUGCUCUGAUGGUGGUUAAGUGCUAAGAUGGUGAAAGAAUUAAAUACUCUUUUAAUUUUUAAUUAAAAAGUUUGGCCUUGUGGACUUAUGGAGGUUGAAGAUGCCAUUAAUAAAGAACUAAGGAGCCACCAUUCUUCUGUGAGGCAAAAGCUUGAACAAGUUGUUUAAUUAAGAAAAGAGGAAAGCUCUGACCAGGAAACAUAACUGAUAAAUUCGAUAAGGAGAGAAGAGCUAUGAUGUGUCAAUAUAUUGUGCCUUGAUUUCUUCAGGUGUGUGCCUCUCUAGUGCCUCUUCCCUAAGGUAUUUGGAGGUGUGGAAUAUAUUGUGAUCUCAGGCAUACCCCAUUAGCCGUCACUGGCUUCAUCUUUUGCCCCAAAAGUGAUAUUUUGGAAGAAAUAGAUUGUGAUAUAUCAAGUUCCUAUGUAAAUAAGGCUUGUCAAGUGGCAAGGGAAUUUUUAUUUCUUUGCGCAACAAUAUAGUGAAAGAAUGAACUCUAUAUGGUACAUUCCAAUCUGAUCCCUUCAGAAAGUCAAUCUAUAAGUGUUCAUGUGGCAAUCUCACUCCUUGUAUCCCUUCAUCCUCCUACUCAACAGGGAUGAAUUUUAUACUCGGCCUACACAGCCCUUGGCAUGGUGGCCGGGAAAUAGAAUCUUGGGUGGCAGGGAUGAGGAAGCUGGUGGCACUUGGUUGGCUUCCACAAGGGAUGGCAGAGUGGCUUUUAUCACUAAUUUCAGGGAACGUGAGAAGCAUCCAAAUCCUAAAAGCAGGGGGGAACUACCACUUUGUUUUCUGGAGAGCAACAAGAGCCCCUGGGAGUUUGCCAUAGAGAUUCUGAAAGAGGCAGAUCAAUAUAAUGGCUUUAAUCUCAUAUUAGUUGAUAUUUGCAGCAGAACCAUGGUUUAUGUCAGCAAUAGACCCAAAAAAGACAAUCUUAGUGUUAGUAUGGUUACACCUGGUAUUCAUGUCCUGACUAAUGCAAGUUUGGAUGCUGCUUGGCCAAAGGGUGAACGGUUGCGUCAGAGUUUCAAAGAGCUCAUUGAUCAAUACGGGGAAAGUGAAUUUCCCAUCAAAGAAAUGGUUGAGAAGCUAAUGACAAACAAAAUUAAAGACGGGGAAAACUUGCUGCCUGGGAUUCAUCCCCCACAUCAAGAGUAUCCUUUGAGCUCUAUUUUUGUUGAAGCAGAUUUCCCAUGGGGACGUUAUGGCACUAGGAGCUCUUCUGCUUUCUUUGUGAAAUCAGAUGGAGAAGUCAGCUUCUACGAGAAACAUCUAGACGAUGUGGAUGGGAAAUGGAAAGAGAAAAUGAUGACAUAUCAGACCAGCGGGGUGUCGUAAAUGUGCAGCUAUUGUCCAUAAAUGUCAUGGCUCUUGAAGCUCAAUUGCAACAACAUGAGUUGAAAGUCUUCAUGCUUUGGUUGACAGUUGAACUCUUGUCCAGUGGAUAUGAUAAUGCGUUUGCUGAUGACAAAUGGUGCGGUUUCUAUUUUACGUUCAAAAAAUUUGCAUCAACCAAGCAAACUUAAGACGCAUCAAAUAAAUCCAUAUAUUAUGGAUUUCGAUCCUGCAAAAGGAUGCUCUAGUUGGAGGAAGCAAGAAUCCAUCUUGGUUAUUUAUUUGCAAUUCAAAGGAACUUUAUUCGUGUUAUUUUGUGUUUUAAUUACAUUUUAUGCGUGUCAAGUAUAAGUUUCCUAAGUAUUGAUUCUCAUGUCUUCCUGGGGUCAAAUUAAAAUAAAUUUAGGAUGCAACAAAGUGAUGCAAAGUUGCAAAUUAAA